AUGGAACCCAUUAUGAUGCAGUCUACGCAAACCGAUACAUGGGACGGUUCUCCAGAAAAUCCGCCAAAACGCCGUAGGCCUAUACGAAAACAUAAGCGUCGUCCGCAUCCUGGUUCGGCGGAGAUUCCUAUACCUCAAGAAGUAUAUACUCAACAGCAAGAGUACCAACCAUACAAUGAAGAUAAAUACAGGUCACAUACAGAAAUGCCUCAAAGACGGCGAAAGAAAAUCGACACUAAACCUACUGGUUGGAACGAAGAAAUUGUAGAGCAAGGAAGACCAUUACAAAGAAAAAAUCAAAGAAGAAAACGACCGGCACAAGAGCCGUGGCACGAAUUAAGUGAAUUCGGCGAUUUUUCUGAUGACGAAAAUCCUUCUGAAAAAAAUGUAAGGAAUCAAAAACCACGAAUAACUAGCGAUGAGACCGAGGACGACAACAAUGAAAAUCGUAAGGCAAAGUUCACAUUAAAACAAUUUUAUAACGAAGAAAGGAAACGGGAUCCGGACGAAGCGAGAGACGUUACAGAAGAAGAAGACGAAGAUGAACCAUCUCAAUUCCCAAUUGAACAAGAAGAAAAUAAUGCGCCUCAAACAAAACAAGACAAAUCUUUGUCAGAAUUUUCGCUAGAAAAUGUUAAUCCUAUAAUUACGCCAGAAACCAGGAAUGAGGCACAACUUCCUUAUACCGGAAAUUUUAACGAUGUCAAGGAACAAAAAAAUAGACCUUUAGACCCUGCGUCACUAAAAGAAAUAUUGAAGAAAUCAAAAGGGAAAAGUUUGAGUGAAUUACUACAGAUGCACAAUUUGACGCUAGCUGAUCUUCUUAAUGGCGAGAAAAACGUUUUAUCUGUUUUAAAAUCAACUGACUCGCCACAAAACGAAGAAGAGAUUACCACACAGGAAUCUACAAGUCAAAUGUCAAUGUUUAAGAUAGCAGAACCGACUAUAAGUAUUAAUGCUGAUGUUCUUGAAAUCAAGAGAAUUGAAAAUGAAAACGUCAGUACUAUUUCUGAAGAAUUAAUUUCAACUACAGUCAGAUAUUUUAGCCCCGGAUCCCAAGCUUCAACUGAUAAACCUAUAAAACCUAGUUUUACUACUAUUGAUAAAUAUAAACUUCAUAAAAACCUAAACUCCAAUAUCAAUCAAACAGACAACUCAUACCUGACCGAAACAAACGCAACUGCACUGCGGCGACGGUUUCCUGUUGAUGUUAGAAUGAAACUACGCAUGAGACCAGUGAUUAAUAAUACUAAUAAUACUUAUAAAGGACAAGUUAGUAGGGACAUGAUGGCUUCGACAACAAAAAGAUAUCAAAACAGUAGAAAUAUAACUAAAUUGAGAGACUGGAAAGAAAUUUUUCCAGCUAUUACAAAUAAAACGCAAAGUAAGUCAAAAAUCAGUCAAGAGGAAAAAGAUAAUUUGACGACUACUACAAAUUUACUCCCUGAAGAAAUAACUAUAACACAAUAUACAACGCAAUUUAACCCGAUAUAUACAAAAAUCGACACUGAAACCCAAACAGAAUCUUUAAAUACGGAUACUGAAUCUAUAACAACAAUGGCGUCUGUCGAAAUAACUACGGAAGAAAAAUCUACGACCACAAAAAAACCAAUAUCAUCUUCUAGUCACACACCUAUAUUGAAUAUAACUAAUGUAAGACAGCGAGCUUUUGCUAACAGAUUAAAUAAGAAAAGAAUGAAGCAGAAAGUGUCGUCGAAUGAAACGUCUGAAGAUCAUUUAUUAAAAGGUAUAUUUGACAUGGCUAAUUUAGUGUCAGCGUCGGAAUUUAUAGCAAAGGUACAUCCUCGGACAACUACUUCAAGGGAUCAGAGUGAAACCGUUUCAAUGUUAGAAGAUUUUAUGACAACUGAGCCAGCAACUAAAGCGAUAACUCAAAUAUCUACGAAACGAUCGAAAACAAGAGAGCAUACAAAAUCAAGCACAACCCCAAGGCCUACAAUAAGUAUAAGCACUACAGAGAAAACUUCAAAUAUUGAAAUAGAAGAAAUCCUUAACGAUACUUCAACUAGCGCCAGAUUAUCGAAAAUAUUGAUGGAAAGAAAUAUGACUCUCAGUGAAUUAGUGGAACACAGGGAACGUGGCUCUAGUCAUAUACACCUGGCCGAUAUCUUUCACAACGCGUCAAAGGAGCCCAAUCCGCCGGAACCUUUUCUUUCCAAAUCUCUUAUUGAACCAAUAUCGAAAGAGACAUAUCCUCUGAGAGCGCUUUUAGAAGCUAACUUACAUGAUCCUACGAUAAAAGCACCUACAAUAGAACCAUAUUUAAUGCAACCACAGUAUAUAAACAUACCAAUAGUAAUGGAUUUCGGAAAUAAUGUUAAUGAAAAUGGAGAAAACUCAGGCGUAACACCUUUACGUAACAACUUUACGAAAAAGGAAGAACAAGAGGAUAUAGUGACAACGAAUAAAGCUAGCACAUAUCAAAAAAUCAAGACUGAGGAAACCAUUCAUGAUAAUUUCACAAAUAGAACUUCUCGUCAGAGUCGUAUAAUAGGCAAUGAACAUGAUUUGGUUACACUUAAUGAAAUAUUGACCAUCUUGCAUCAUAGUCAUGAUAUUAUUGAUGACGAGUCACAAAUUAGUUCAAACGAUCUAUCAUCACCAAACACAUUUAUAAAGCAAACUAUACUAGAAGAAGAUAUUGACGGGGACGGCCUUAUUGCCUUAGAGGACAUACAGCGUAUUAAGGAUUUACAAGACAACUCUUUUUUAUACAAUAAUAAAAUAGAACUAAAGUCACUUGAUAGUCAAGAAGCCACUAUAGCUCCUAGUACUCCCGAAACAAUCAACAACAAUACCAAAUCAGUAACAGUUGUAACUGCAAGUAUUAUGGGUCUCAUUGCAGUACUGUUUUUACUAACAUAUGCAGCAUUUAAAUGGCAGCAUCAACAACAAAUGUAUAAAAAGAAACAAUGCGCUGGUGAAGAACGAAUACCCACACCCGUGUUCGAAAAUAGAAGGAGCAAUAAAAACAGUAGUAUACGUAGUAUGAGUCCAAUACUUACUUCAAACAUUUACUCAGUUAAUACUUUAGAAAAAGGCAACACUAAUGAAUGUUCGGAAUACAUGUGGGACUCUUUGAGAAAACCUUUUCAGUAG